AUGAUGGACAUGGAGAUGAAUGCUGGCUUGGACGAUGAGGGGAGCGAGCUGAGCGAGGCGACCUCGGAGGGGAGCUCGGUAAGCAGCACCUUCUGCGCCCUGGAGAAGGAUUACGAGAAGGUCUUGAGAGAUAUGAAAAGCAUCGACGCAUUGGCCCCGUAUUUGAACGAGUACACCAGACUCUUCGAGUCUCUGUACAAAGCGCAUCGAGUGGAAAAGGAGCUAUUGGAAAAAUGCACCCAAUUGGAGACCGAGGUCCAGGAGUCCAAGGCCCUUGCGGAGGGCUACACGGAAACGAUUGCGAACAACAACGAGGAGAUCGAGAAGCUGAAACUGGAAGUGGUGAACACGAUAAAGCGCGCCGAUGCCGCUCACACGCGCGAGCUGAACGCGCAGGAGAUGAUAGAGAACUUGCGGCUGAAUGUCGCGCAACUGAAUCAGGAAAUCGAGCUAAAGAACAGACAGAUCUCCUCCAUCGAAGACGUCACCGCGAGCAAGCAGAAGGAGAACCUGAUGAAGGAGAAGGAGAAGCUGAUGAGCGAGAUGGACACUCUGAGGCAACGAUUGAAGAACACGUCUUCGUACACGGUCGAGCUGGAGAAGAGGAACGCAGAGUUCGAACAGCAGAUCAACGAUUUGCGAGAGACCAUCGAAACGCAGCUCAACGAGAUCUCGAAGGAGCGAAGGGCGAAGCUAAGGGCAGAUGACGAGAUGAACAAUCUGCAGGAGGAGCUUGCCGUGAGGACGAGCGAUCUGGAGACAGCACACGCAUCUAUGGAAGCUGCGGACGCUAACAUCGCGACCCUUGAAAGUUUGGUGAAGGAGCAGAAAAUAGCUGCGGACAAAACGCAGAAAGAGAUGAACAAGCUGAUGGUGAGGAGAAUGAACCUGCAAACGGACUACGACAACGUGACUGGACAAAUCGAGAACUUGGAGAAGGAAGUCACGCAGAAAGACAAGCACCUCAAGGAAGUUAAACAAAUGGUAAACAGAUUGAGACCCGAAGUGACGAGAUGCAGGGCCGACAUGGAGUCGGCGAUGAAACGGGCGCAAAAGUUCGAGACCGAACGUUCGAGCUUCGAGCAACAAUUGAAACAGUCGACAGUGACCACGAAGAAUCGCGAGCAAGAAUUAUUUACUUUGCGGAGGCAGCAGAUCGAUAAGCAGCAACAGGUUGAAAUGCUGUUACGCGAGAAAAACAUCCUGGCGCGGACCAAGGAGAACAUGAGCGAUCAGAUUAAACAGCAGAACCACGAGAUUACCGUGUGCGAGUACAGCAAACGAAAGAUCGAGUAUGAGCUUGACGCGGCCGUGCAGGACAUUACGAAUGUGCAGAAGCAAAUGUCUGUGAUAGAAAAGGAGAGGGAUAAACACAGUUUAGUGGCGCAGGAUUUGGCGCGUCAGGUCGAGGAGUACCUAAGCGAGGUCAAGCUGAAGCAAGUCGAGAUCUCGACGUACAAGAAGAGAUUGGCGGAGAUCGAGACCAAGUAUCGGCAACAACAGAACCUGUUCGAGACCGUCCGCACCGAGAGGAACUCUCUGAACAAAAGCUUGGUUGAAGCGCACGACGAAAUACAGGAGCUGAAGAACAAGCUGAUCGUGGUCGCGCAUCAGACCGAGCAAUUGAAAGAGGACAUCGUUGCGAAGGAGACCAGUCUGAUUAAAGAGGAAUUCCUUCGCGGCAAGGUGGAGAAGGAAAGAGAGGGUUUGAAGGUCGAGCUGCAGGCGUCCCGUAAGGAGGUGCAAGACCUGAAGUACGAGAUCGAGGAGAUGAAGCAGGAGGAGAAAAGCCUGAGGCAGGUGAUCCAGCGGGCGGAGGCGGAUAUUGGCCGUCGCAUGAAGGACAUCGACAACAUCAUGAACGAGAGGGAUAUCCUCGGCUCGCAAUUGGUCAGGCGGAACGACGAGCUCACCCUCCAGUACAGCAGGAUCAAGGUGUUGAACGGCACCCUGCAGAGGGGCGAGGCGCAGUACAAUCGAAGAUUGGAGGACAUCAGACUGCUGAAGCUCGAGGUGAAGAAUCUCAGGACCGAGAAGGCGCUGCUGAUCAAGAACAUUUCGAACAUGAGCGAUCUACGUCAAGAGGUCUUUCACUUGAACAGAGAUCUGACGAGGGAGAGGUUGAAGGUUAUGGCGUUGGAGGAGGAGGUGCAGACGCCGUUGAACAUCCACAGAUGGAGGAAGCUCGAGGGAUCCGAUCCAUCUAAGUUCGAGCUAUUGAAGAAGAUUCAGAUCCUCCAGAAGCGUAUCAUAAGAAUGGCUUCAGAGUUGGUCGAUAGGGAGAAGCAGAUCAAGGACACCGAGAAAUUGUACAUGAACCUCCGCGAAAUUUUAUCGAACCACCCGGGACCUCAAGUGACCGUUUCGCUGAACAAAACCCAGAAAGCGUUGCGUGAAAGGGGAAAGAAGAUGAAGUGUCUGCUGGCGGAGGUGAGCAUGUACGAGGUCCAAGUCGGCGAGUACCAGGUCGGCCUGGACAGGAUGAGCGGCGAGAUAUCCGAGCUGAAGAGGAAGUACUACACCCAGAAGAGGCUGAUUCAGAAAUCGAAGGAAUCGAAGCUGAAACCGAUGGCCGAGUCUCUGCUCCCGGCGGUGAGGCAAUCCUCUUCGGCGAAACAGGUCUGCGGCGGCGGCUUCAAAAUGGCGGUGCCAGCAUCCAGGAACUGCGUCACCGCGGACGCCGGUGUCUGCAGAUAAGCCGGCCCGUCGGGUCCUCCUCGAGGGUGAACAAGAAAACGAUUCACCCUGUUCUAUUUGCGGAGCCAACGAUACGGACCGCCUAAUGAAAAUAUAACGGCGCGCUUUCGCUGGACUUCUCUGUGUGCGUCGCUCGUCCAACGCGGUCGCGACACAGCUCUCGCCUGCCAACCAACGACCAACCACUGUUUUCGCGACGCCGUAUUUUUUUUUGUUCCGAUCCUUGUAAUGUCUGUCAAUAUUUGCGGCCAGAGGAUAGUUUGUUCCGCUCGACGGUGCAGACGCGCGUUGAUUCGCGGCGCGAACGCGUACCCGUAAUUUGUUUGCCCGGUUUCGUCGAUUUAUUUUUCACCGGGUUCGCUCGACGCGUUGGCUGCACGAGACUCUUAAGGCAUCGGAGAAAAUUCAAACUGGUGUUUGGCAACACCGGUUCCGCAGAAUUUGAAUUUGUCGCAGUGAUUUCGACGGCAACGGAAUCGAAUCUCCUUCAACACUGAACACUGUUGAAUUUCGCUGAAAAAUUAUGAAUCCCGGAAAAUUAUUUGGAAAAUUAUUGGAUUCAUUACAUUGUUGGAACAGUAGCGUGAUGAAAACGGUACGAUAUCGAAGUAAAUUUGGUCUUCUCAUCUUUGUGAGAAAAUGCACAUCUGAUAUUUCUUAUUUUUUAUUUUUUUAUUUUUACUGCUCGGCAGAUUCAGCGUUGAGUUCGAUAUUUUAGGGGAACUUUGCAUGUUUGUUAAAAUGCUCGUCUACGAAUCGUUGUUUAAUCUCCCGAAUAAUAUCGUCGUAAGCGAGCCGUUUCACUAAUUUGCGAAAUCUUAGAAACCACUUUUGGCACACACGUUCUUUCAUUACAUUCUCCACGCACACCUUACGCCGUAUUUUUAUAUUUUUCCUUUGCGUUUUUUGCGUUUUUUAAAAAUAAAAUAAUGCCAUAUGCCGAA